ACCCAUAGCGCGCACCGGACCAUGGUUUCCCAGGCCGCCAGCUCCAGUGCACCAAUAAUGGCCUUCCCUUGCUCCAUUUCCCCCAUAUAUAUCCGCCCUCCCCCAUCGCACCGCUGCACCAAACUCACCCACUUUCCUCCCGCCAAGAGCAGCAGCGCACUGUGAGUUCUAGCUCCGAAGCUCAAGCUCGAGCUUGCUAGAAGAGCCACACAGCAAUACCAUGGCGGCAUCACUAGCCUGCGCCUUCUUCUUCGACGCCGAGCCGGCCGGCGAGCCCGGCAAGCACGCGCUGGACACGUGUGCGCUCUGCGCCAAGCGGCUGGCGCGCGACAGCGACGUCUUCAUGUACAGAGGGGACACGCCCUUCUGCAGCGAGGAGUGCCGGCGCGAGCAGAUGCACCUCGACACCGUCUCCGCCAGGCAGGCCACCCGGAGGCUGCAGCGGUUCACGGCGCGGGCGGAGUGCCACCGUGGGCAUCGGCAGUCCAGGAAGGUGUCCAUCGCCAGCUAGCCGCGGAAAGUUUUGUUUGGAUCGACAAGAUCUGAAUUCUGAAGAAAACAACAUCUGUAUUCUGAAGAACCAUCGAUGUCUCUUGGGAGGCGUCUGAUGUUUCCAUCUCUCCGGCUGGUGGUGGAUGUACCAGAUGCAGCUUGGCGCCGCCUACGAGAGGCAAGGCAGCCAGGCAGGGCAGCAUCAGGCGGCACGAAACAUAGGUGCCUGUAGAUUCCCGCAUGUGUUCAGAUGGGAGCAAAUUGUACUUGUUCAGUUCUUCUCGGUCGAUCUGUGCUGUGCCGAUGAAUUAUUUGAUUAGAAAUGAAAACAUAAAAGUAAACACCAUGGAUCUGAAGAGAGCAAUCAGACAUGAUUCACAAUUUAUUUAUCUUCAAUUUGGGUCAGCAUGUCUGUGGUCUGCCCACUUUGUUUGGUUU